AUGAAAAUUUCAACAUUUUCAAGUGAGUUUUUACCCAAGUCAUGUUUGGUCAAAGGAAAUCAUGAGGUGAAAUUAGCAAAUUUGUCAUCUUCAUCAUCAUCAAGAUUGAUACCAUUGGCUUCUACUUCCACUUUGAUUUCAAGAAAAGAUAUUGGUCAUAGUGUUACUAUGCCUACUACUAUGACUACAACAUUUGAUCAUAAUGACAUUAGUAGUAAUAUUACUACUAAUAAUUUGGCUACUAUGUGGAGAGAAAUUCAUGGAUCAAGAAAUUGGGAAAAUUUAGUGAAUCCAUUGGAUUCACUUCUACAAGAGGAGAUUAUUAGGUAUGGAGAAUUUGUGGUUGCAUGUUACAAUGCUUUUGAUCUUGAUCCAAAUUCAAAAAGAUACUUGAAUUGCAAGUAUGGGAAAAAUAGUAUGUUGAAUGAAGUUGGCUUGGGGAAAUCAGGCUAUCAAAUAACAAAGUAUAUUUAUGCCACUACAAACAUCAAUGUUUUAUCAAUUGGUCAAAAUUGUUCAUCAUCUAGUGGAAGAUGGAUUGGUUAUGUUGCAAUUUCAAGUGAUGAAGAAACUAAGAGAUUGGGCAGGAGAGAUGUGCUCAUCACGUUCCGAGGAACAGUCACUAAUCCUGAAUGGAUAGCAAAUUUGAUGAGCACAUUAUCUCCUGCUCGUCUCGAUCCUAAUAAUUCCAGGUUAGAAGUGAAGGUUGAAGCUGGAUUUUUGAGUUUGUACACCUCAAAUGAGGAUGAAAAGUUUGGUCUUGGAAGUUGUCGUGAACAAUUACUUUCUGAGAUAUGGAGAAUAAUGCAUGUGUAUAAAGAUGAGGAAAUGAGCAUUACAAUUGCAGGACACAGCAUGGGGAGUGCAUUGGCUCUUUUGUUAGCUUAUGACAUCGCGGAGUUGGGGUUGAACAAAAAAUCAAAAAGUAACAACAUACCAGUCACGGUUUUUUCUUUUGGAGGUCCAAGAGUUGGAAACUCAGGUUUCAAGGAGAGAUGUGAAGAGUUAGGUGUAAAAGUAUUGAGAAUAGUGAACGUGAAUGAUCCUAUCACAAAACUUCCUGGGGUUUUUCUGAACGAAAAUUUUAGAAUUUUAGGUGGAAAAUACGAGGUACCAUGGAGUUGUUCAUGUUAUGCUCAUGUUGGAGUUGAAAUCUUGUUAGAUUUCUUCAACAUACAAAAUCUUUCUUGUGUACAUGACUUAGGAACUUAUCUCAAUUUGCUCAAAAGUCAUCACAAGAGCUUGCAAGUUCAAAGAGAACAAGAGAUUGAUUUCUUUAAUAGAGCAAAGGAGUUUUUCCUUUCAAGGCUCAAAAUCUCAAUGCUUUACAAUGGAGAAAUGUUGCCAUCCAUUAGGUGA